CCCGCGCAGCCCCGGCGCCGGCGGCGGCGGAAGCCGGGGCGGCACCGAGGCGGCGGGAGGCAGCGGGGCCGCUGCCGGCGUGCAGCGCUGCCCCGGCUCGGCCGCGGGGGGCAGCGCCAUGCGGGCUGCCGCCUGCCUGCUCUGCCUGGCGCUCUGCGCCCUGGCCGCCGCCCCGGCGGCGCCCGCCCGGCCCCCAGGGCCGGCGGCGGCGGGGCGGCGGGGCGAGAGCCGCUUCGCGCAGCGAGAGAGCAUCAGGCCCCUGCGGCUGGUCUCCGGCGAGGGCGGCGGCGGGGCGCGGCGCCCGGCGCUGAGCACGCGGGUGCGGAGCGGCGCGGCGCGGAGCCAGUCCACCCACAUUGCUCGAGCCAGCUUCCAAGUUGAUGCUUUUGGAUCAUCCUUCAUCCUUGAUGUAAUGCUAAACCAUGAUCUGCUGUCUUCUGAGUAUCUUGAGAGGCAUAUCGAGCAAGGUGGAAAGACAGUGGAAGUUAAAGGUGGAGAACAUUGCUAUUAUCAGGGACAAAUUCGAGGAAAUCCUGUAUCAUUUGUUGCCUUGUCAACAUGCCAUGGACUUCAUGGGAUGUUCUAUGAUGGAAAUCAUACUUACCUUAUUGAGCCAGAUGAAAACUACACUUCAGAUGAUGACUUCCAUUUCCACUCUGUUUACAAAUCCAAGUUGUUUGAAUUUCCUUUGGAUGACCUGCCAUCUGAAUUCUGGCAAAUGAACACUACGUCGCAGAAGUUUGUUGUAAAGCCAAGACACAAAAGAAGUAAAAGGCAGGUUCGUCAGAUUCCACGUAAAGUUGAAGAGGAAACAAAAUACAUUGAGUUAAUGAUUGUAAAUGAUCAUCUAAUGUAUAAAAAGCACCGCUUAUCAGUUGGCCAUACAAAUAGCUAUGCUAAAUCCGUUGUCAACAUGGCAGAUUUAAUAUAUAAAGAACAACUUAACACCAGGAUAGUAUUGGUUGCCAUGGAAACCUGGGCUACUGAUAACAAGUUCACCAUAUCUGAAAACCCCUUGGUGACCCUACGUGAGUUUAUGAAAUAUAGGAGGGAUUUUAUCAGAGAGAAAAGUGACGCAGUUCACCUUUUUUCGGGGAGUCGAUUUCAGAGCAGUCGGAGUGGCGUAGCCCACACUGGUGGAAUCUGCUCCUUGCUUAAGGGCGGAGGUGUGAAUGAGUUUGGAAAACCAGACUUAAUGGCAGUUACUCUGGCACAGACUUUAGCCCAAAAUAUUGGCAUUUUCUCAGACAGAAGAAAACUAAUAAGUGGUGAGUGUAAGUGUGAGGACACAUGGUCUGGAUGCAUAAUGGGAGACACAGGGUAUUAUCUUCCAAGCAAGUUCUCCAAGUGUGAUAUUGAAGAGUAUCAUGAAUUUUUAAACAAUGGAGGUGGAGCCUGCCUUUUCAAUAAACCCACCAAGCUUCUGGAUCCUCCAGAAUGUGGCAAUGGUUUUGUGGAAGAUGGGGAAGAAUGUGACUGUGGGACUAUUGCAGAGUGUGCCAGUGAAGGAGGGGAGUGCUGCAAUACAUGCACCCUGACUGCAGGCUCUCAGUGCAGUAACGGGCUUUGCUGCAGAAAGUGUCGGUUUGAACCUAAAGGAGUUUUGUGCCGAGAAGCAGUGAAUGAUUGUGAUAUUGCAGAGAACUGCACAGGAAAUUCCAGCCAGUGUUCUCCCAAUAUUCAUAAAAUGGAUGGAUAUUCAUGCGAUAACAAACAGGGUAUUUGUUUUGGAGGAAGAUGUAAAACCAGGGACCGACAGUGUAAAUAUAUCUGGGGUGAAAAAGUGACAGCUGCUGACAGGUACUGCUAUGAGAAACUGAAUAUUGAAGGAACUGAGAAAGGAAACUGCGGAAGAGACAAGGACUCUUGGAUACAGUGCAAUAAACAGGAUGUGCUUUGUGGAUAUCUUCUAUGCUCCAAUAUAUCUAGUGUGCCGAGACUUGGAGAACUUGAUGGUGAAAUCACAUCAUCAGUCUUGCAGUUCGGAAAAGUAUACAAUUGCAGUGGUGGCCACGUGAAGCUCGAUGAGGAGACGGACCUGGGCUAUGUGGAGAAUGGGACGCCGUGCGGGCCGAACAUGGUGUGCUUGGAGCAUCGGUGCCUCCCCACCGAGUCCUUCAACUUCAGCACCUGCCCAGGCACCACAGAAAACCAAAUUUGUUCAGGGCAUGGUGUUUGUAGCAAUGAAAUAAAGUGCGUCUGUGACCGAUUCUGGGGAGGAGAUGACUGCAGUUCCCGCAUCAAAGAUAGUAUGUUUUUUGAUAAAGAGGCCAUCAAUAAAGGUGUUGUUAGCACAAAUAUAAUAAUAGGGGCUAUUGCUGGCACCAUUUUAGUGUUGGCUCUCGUUUUAGGAAUAACUGGUUGGGGUUACAAAAAUUACAGAAGACAGAGACAAAUACCCCAGGGAGAUUAUGUAAAAAAGCCUGGAGAGGCCGACUCUUUUUAUAGCGACAUGCCUCCUGGAGUCAGCACAAACUCUGCAUCUAGUUCUAAGAAGAGGUCUGCUUUUCUGUCGCAUUUUCAGAUUUCUACCUGUUCCAUCACCCAUUAUUCCAUUAGUCAGAACAUUUCAUUGUUUUGCAGCAGGUCAAAUGGAUUAUCUCAUUCCUGGAGUGAAAGGAUCCCAGACACGAAACAUAUUUCAGACAUCUGUGAAAAUGGGAGACCCAGGAGUAAUUCUUGGCAAGGACACUUUCUCCUGCAAAGUCUCCUUCUUCAUCCACUGGAUCUAUUGCUUCCAGCAGAAAAUACCCUUACCCGAUGCCACCACUUCCUGACGAGGAGAAGAAAGCUAACAGGCAAAGUGCCAGGCUCUGGGAGACUUCCAUUUAGGUCCACUGGCUCCCCGGGGUGACAUCAGCACUGUUUACUGCAGAUUUUAUAGGAACUCAGCAUCACUGAGUCGUUGCACAUUCAUCUGCUCUUCAGACAAUCUGAAAGAUCAACAGAGACACCGGCGAUCGCGGUGACAACCUCCUCUCGUUUGGAAGGGAAAAAGCAGUCCUUUUUUGUUGACUAGAAUUUUAUGAUUUUGAUGUAAAGAACAACCAAAAUCAUAAAAGUUAACAGGGGAUAAUUAGACUGGAUGUGACAUGGCUCUUCCACAUGAUGACAAAUACACUUACAGAGAAUUACAGCUGCAGUCAAUUUACAAGUCCCAAGUAACCGAGGUUUUUCUUCGGUUUAAUGCAGUUGCAAAUUAGAUCAAACCAGGACUGAGAAUGAGUGCGCUGAAGAAUGCAGCCGAUGUAAACAUAUACGCCGUAUGCAUGAACCUUGUGUUCUUUACUUUCCACAUGUAAGGGAAAAACAACAUACUGUAGUAGAAAUUAGCAUGCAGGAGUAAGAAAUAGGAUUUUUGUGACAGGAUCUCAAGCUUUGAAAGGCAAAUAUUUUACAUAAACUUCAAACAAACAAGGAUUAUAUCCUUUUUUUUUUACUUUAUGUGUUUAUAAUCUCAGAAUACAGAUUGUAUAUAUGUAAACAUUUGAUAAUGUCAAAAAUAGCUGUUACACAUAAGUAUAUUUUGCCAAAUGCCUAAAGAAACAGUCAUGACUAACAUCAUCACACUUCAAUUUUUUUAAUAUUAUGAGCAGACAACUUUGCAUAUACAGAAGAUACAGUACUGUAAAAAUGUGUGUCUCAGAAACUGGUGUUUGACCAAAAUCUACACUAUCUUUUAAGUAACUGACAAUCUCAAUUGUAUCGUAGAAUGCGGAAAUCAGAGCACAGUGACACUUUGUCUUACAUCAUCAUCAAAGGAACCAGCCAAAAUGCGUUGCUCGAUAUGGUGACUAGUAUGUCCUCACACAGCUGUAACCGAGACUAAUUCUGCAGACAACAGAGAAAGAGUCUUUAACUAAUGUUGAGUACAAACUUACUGGAAAUUUGGGAAUACUUCUAAGCAGUCAGUUCAGACUGUGGUGAUGUCAAGUCCUUUUGGUGAGACUUACAUAUUUGGUAAAGCAUUUCAGACACAUUUUAGAGGGCAAGGUGUAGCUUAUGAGAGGCGUAAUGAUUUCACCACACUAGAAAAUAAAAAUGCUGGGCAAGUAGCCAGUUUCCUUACUAUUUUUAAUUUGUAUUUGUUACUGGCAUCUCCUUUACUAUGCGUUAGAAUACUGUGCCUCCUGUCCCUGAAAUCCCCUUUACAAUUUUACAGUUUAUUUGGGCCUUAAACUGAGUACAAGCGAAUUUAGCCACCAAAAAAAAAAAAAAAAAAAAAAAAAAUCCUGGAAAUAAAACGCCUUUUGCUGAUCUCAUGCAUAAACGGGUGGUGUUAGUCUGACUGCCAGCAGUCCGUGUGUUAAAGGCUGAAUAAUACAUUGCUCUUUGAUUUCUAGUAUCUGAGACUUCUAAAGGAUAUUGUAAAAUAAAUGUGGUCUUUUGAUAGGAAGUUUUCAUUCGGUGAGAAAAAUGGGCCAUAUUAAAUCAGUUUAUAAUUCUCCAGCUCUCCAGAAGUGACAAAUUCAUAGCCUCAGGUAGUAACAUUACAGAAUAAAACUUCUGUUUCUGUAAAGUGCAGCAGAAUACCUUGCCCUUUAGCCGUAUGAACAAUUAGAUGUUAUUAUGACAGGAGCAUCCAAGGUGUUUCUGAAUCUUCUACCUCUUACAUGUAUUUCCUUUAGUAAGUGGACCCAACACUCGCAGCCUUUUAAUAUAUUUUUUUUUAACUUUUACAUCUCUCAAUAAAGUCAAAUAUAUAUAAGGUUAAAUUAAGAAAUUUUUGAAGAUGUCAGCAGCUGUAAAGUAUGUGAGAUUUUUAGAUGCACAAUAUUUUAUGAUUAGAUUGUGUGCUGGAUUAUAACAAAAUACUGGCCUUGAAGUUGAAAUGAUUUCCUUCACAGUCACAAGGUUCUGGUAAGUAUUUAGGGGGAGUACAAAUGAGGGAGGACAGUGUACACAGCCAGAACAUCUGGAAGGAGCCUGUCACUUCUCCUUGCUUUAGGAAAAGAUUCUGCACUUUCGUGAAGAGUAAAUAUCUGUCAGCACUGAAGAAUAUUUUUUUGCAAAGAUUUAAUUUGAAUGUAGGUAGCUGGAUUAAAGAUGGUUGCUAGUGUAUAGUUCAUGAAAUUUAGGGCCUGAGCCAUAAUCACUUGAAGUCAGUAUAAGUCUUUUAUUGAUUUCACUGGACUUUGAACUGGACCCUCAAGCAGUUCACCCAGAUUAGGAAAUUACACUAACCUGAUAGCCUCUAUGUUACUCUGUCGCCUGGAAGCUGUGUUUUCCUUCCAUAUUAGUGUCUUGUCCUUAGUAACCGGACUGUUUAUCAUGUGCCUUUUACGAUACUUUGUUUGAAUACAAACUAGCAUGUGAUUUUGAAUAAUCCUGUUAAAUUUUUGUGGCUAUUUCAUAUUUAUCAUCCUUUACUCUUCCCUUUCCCUUAUCAAGAAGCAGCAAGAUUUGGCAGACAGAACUGAAUGUAACAUACUGGCUGUUUGUGUAAUGUUCAUAGCUUGUUGUUUCAAAAACGAAUCACCCUCCUGACUGUAUUUUCAAUGUACUAUGUACUUUCAGCUUCUCUCUUGUUUUGGUAUCAUUCAUUCCUAGCAUUUGAUGAUACAGUUAUGUGCGUACAUUAAUUUUAACAGUCACUCUCGCAUUUGGAGAUACGCAGUGACUGGAAAUCUAGUGAGCACUGACUUUAAAUUAAAUAAAUACUGACUUUCACUUGAAUGGGGUCAAGAGAGUGAGAACAUCAUGAAACUUGGUCUUUUGCAAAACUGUUCUGCAGGGAAUUUUGCAUUGAGUUGAUAACUUGGAGACAUUAAGUUGUUGCACAAAACCUGAACUUGUAGGGCUGUGUGAGCCUCUAAAGCCAGUGGAGGUCAAAGAGAGAAGUUGUUUGGUGGUUACGUUCUAUCGUUUUCUACUUUUAAAAUGUAGUGUGUUUGAAAACUGCCGGAUUAGUAACCCUGGAGAUUGCAAAUAUUUUUAUUUAACCACAGUAGUUACAGUUACACUGGCAAUAGCAAUAUUAAAUUGCCGCAUAAUACCUCAUCCAGUGUAAAAUGGUGUGAUUGUGUUGUCAGUGAGGUAGUUCAGUCAUGCUGAUUCAUUCAGAGUCAGGCUUUUAUUUGCUGGUUUUAAUCUUUCUUUUCCCACUUCUAAGAAAUGAACUAGUUUGUGCCAGCUAUGUUGUAGAUAUUCGUUGAAGUGGGGAGGUCAUCAGUUCAUCUCCAACACAUUAUGAGUAGUUGUCCAUGUUAGCAUAGGACUUGCAGGAUAAGCGAUACUUACUUAAGUUAGUGUUAAGUAUUUCAGCAUGUGGGAGAAGAAUCUUGUAUAAUUUAAAAUAAGGUUAAUAAUAUGAUUAACUGAUGGAGAUAAAAAAAAAAUUAGAGAUUAUAUCCAAAUAAUAAUGCUGCAGUAUGAUAACAUCAUUUUACAGUUCAAAGUUUACCUGCUUAGUCUGGAUUUGUUAAGAACUUCAGUAAUCCAUACUGUAGACUUUUGAGGAACAUAUUUAGGCAGUACACCAGAAAUGGUUGUGAUUGAUUGAUAAUUUACAUGUACAUUUGUUAUAUUAUUGUUAUAAUAUGAAUAGUUUUAGUUUUUAAAGAGGCUGUUCAUUACUAUAUAGCAUAUCUUUGCAUAAAUUGUGAACUUACAAGUCACUACUUGCCAAUUAUGUGAUUUGAAAUGUGACAUAUGUCUUUAAAGAUAGCUACUUCUAAAUGAUUUAAGAGUUUUGUUCUUGAUUUAUGAGAUCUUGAACCUGCUAAGCUGAUGCACUCAUUAAAUACUUUUGAUUGUGCUAACAAUCAAAUGAGCAGUUGGGCUAUAGCCAGAAUUAAAAUAAGAAAAAAACCCUGUGUCAACAGCUAAUAUGUACCUGAGUCCUCUUAUCUGAAUCACCAUUGCUGAUUUUAAAUGAACUAGAUUGUCCUGUCAACAUUAAUGCAAUGACUGUUUUCAAAACCAGGGCUGAGAAUAGCUACAUGUGCUAUGGCAAGUAUGCAUAUACUUCUGACCAAAUUUGCAAUCAUUUCACUGCUUAGUAUUGUGGCUGUGCAGAGGAUGAUUAAUGAUCUGCCAGGUUAUGAGAACAUGUGAUGUUUGCCUUUGCUGAUAGGAUGUAAAGUGAAACAAUUAGAAGACUCCACAGUCACAUGGAAUAACAGGUUUGCUCUUACGACUUGCUUUGUCACCGAGUCCCGUACCCAGCUGUUGUAAACAAACUUACUGAACUCCAGCUUAAAACUAGGCAAGCUCCUCUUCUCUUCCAUCUUCCUACCCACUCCCCCUCUCCAGAAAGCAUUUCCAUGAAGGGUAGUGGCAUCCACUAGGAGCCUUGUGUGUUUGUUGGCUAAGAUCAAGCAACUGAGAAGCCAAUGUUACAAAGGUGCUAGAAAGGUGGAAACCCUUCCACAUGAUGUCCUGGAUAAGGUCUUUUCAGUGCUGUUUAUGGUGCUGUAAAUAUAUUUCUUGCUCUUGCUAGUGUGUUGAUAGAGCCUCAUAUCUCAUUUGCAGUUUACACUGGUUCAGCAUUUGGUGUGUCAAUCAUCCUGUGUUUUUCUUGUCCUCUACCAUUUUCAAAGGAUGAGUUGCUUGAAUCACUCACUCAGAUAACCUAAAAGCUGUGCUGUGUUCUCCUGUUUCCCCUAUUCCAAGGCUCAAGAUCAUCCAUUUCUUCCUCUGAGCUAUCUGAAUAUCCAUGUCAUUAGCAAACUCUGUGAGCCACUUUCAUCAACCACAAUGUGAGGUUGGUAACUCAUUUUAAGAGCUUGAGCAUUCUGGUCUCUGAAGCCAUCUUUUUGGCCCAGAAUAGAUUGUCCAUCUGACUGCUGAUGCCCCUCUAGUUGCAUGGCUUCCAAAUCCUGUGACAUCUAUUGGGCAGUAUGGGAUUUGGCUUUCAUUUUGAUUUUGGCUUUUUCCUGAAGACAAAUACAAGUAAAUGGCACAUGUAUGUGCAGUUUAUUGUCCUGGGAUUGCAUGGUGGAGAAAAGUUCCUAUGUGGACAUAACUAUUAGGCUAAUAUAUCAGGAGAGAAGAAAACAGUGAACUGAUUGUGAAGACAUAGUUGCAAUAUAAAAAGCACUCUCACAGUAUGCUAGGAAAUCAGGUAAUACUUGCUGGUCCAUCUACACUGAAAAACUCUUUUGGGCUGAGUAUUUUCCAAGUUAGUUUAUGAAGAAUAUUUUUGGUGACUCAAGUAUCGAUGCUGAUAUAAACUAAAGCUUUGGAAAGAAGCAGCUCUCAGAGCCAGCAGGUGGUAUCUUGUCAUUCCACAACUGUUUUCUUCAGCUCUUUAGAAAAAACCCUAUAGUGGUCAACAUCAAUAUGAUAUCUGAGACAAGUAACCAAAACAAGCAGUGAAAACAAGUUCAGAACACAGGAAGGUGUUUGUUCUCUCACACUUGAGAAACUUUGUACCUGACUUUAAAAUUGGCUCAUGUAGCCAGGUCUGGUGUUUUUAAAUCUCUAAAAUCAAAUCCACACCAGUUUCAACAUCACUUUAGGUGACCGAACUUUAGAAAAUUUCUGCUAUGUAGACAGGCCAUAAUUACAAUAUUACUCAGAAUGAGAUAAGGAAGAUUGGGGAAAAUAAGAGGAGAAAAGCAAUUAAAAAACAUGUUUCCUAAAGGGAGAAGAAUAGAUGUCUUACACUAUUUUUAAUUACUGAAGCAUAAAGUUUCAAAGCAACAAGCUAAUUUUUUUCUGUUUGUUUCUGUAUUCCUCUGAUUAAAAAAAAUAAAGUUUUGGUUAAAAAAGAUUAACUUGAGGCCUUAAGACCGUAUAUAUUCUAAGUUUAGCAUGGAGAGUCUAUUUUUACAACCAAAUUAGAAAUUCCUGUAUAUAGGCCUGACUGACCUUGUAAGUAGAGUGGUGCUAGCAGCUAAUCAUGCAAUAUUGUAAGGCUCUGUAUAACAGUAAAUGCUGAUUUAUUUUGAUUAUUGGUACAAGGACUCCUGCUCACUGCCUGUGUAGAGAAUCUGCAUAUUUUAUGCUUGGAAAUACAGUCCAGAACAUAUUCAAACUGUGAAUAUAUAACCUGAUUUUUUUUCUUAAGGGUAAAGAUAUAUUACAAUAUGUAGUGUUUUAUAUAGAAUACAAUACUUAUUUUUAUUGUUGCAUAAAUGCAAAAUAUUUUUUUCAGAAUAGCAAAGCAUUACAGAAUUUUUAAUCUGCUGGAGAAAACACUAUUUACAGUAUGACCAGUUCUUUCAGCAAAGCUUUUGAGGUAGUAUAUAUCAAUUGGCUCUGCCUGCUUCAUUUUGUGCUAAUGUUGAUCUUGGGCAUUGCUGUAAGAAAAAGCUAUCUAUUUUUUCACUGAUGCUAGCCCCUUGGUAAAAUGCUUAGAGAGAUAAGGAGAAUCUUGUUUCACCACUGGGACUGGGCUAACGUUAGCAAAAACAGUCAAUCUACAUCAUAUUGUUGUCUUUGCUAGUUAAAACCCUUUAAAAACUCUUACAUGACAUAAUAGAAACAAAAGAUUUUGACAAACACCAAAAUGAAGCAUUGCAAUUUACAACUUUGUAGCUUUGAGUGUGAUAUUUUUGUCAUAAACAUUACAGGCAUUGGGCUGUUGAAGUGAAUGAAUCUGGCUUUCAUGUAGCUAAACAAAAUGUUGCUUUUUAUAAAAUGAAAUCAUUGUAAUUUGGGGUUCUAAAUUCCUGCUCACUUUUAAUAACAGCAUCACACUAUCCACUUCUAUGAGAGUAUUUAAUACAAAUGCCUGUGGUUUUCAAUGUUACUAACAUAUUGUAACAUCAGUAAAGUGACUUUCAAUGACAAA